AUGCCGCCGAGGAAGAAGCGGGGGGCUCGCCCCGCCGCCAAGCAGCCGCCGCCGUCACCGCCGUCCCCGCCGUCGCCGCCCGGCCCCGACGCGUCGGUGGAGGAGAAGCUGCGGUGGUCCGCCGACCAAGAGUUCAUACGUCGGAAAGCUGCCAUCAGAGCUAUUCAAGCAGCAGAGACUGAGAGCGUGCUCUCCCGGCUGCGUCUGGUGCGAUCCUACAUUUCCAAGGAGCAACUAGAAACACCCGCCUUGCAAUUUUUUCAGGAGAACUUGCCCAACGUGUCAGUUGUACGGAACGAAGAGCAGGGUGAGCUUGAGUUGAAAUGGAAAGACUGGGAUGAUCUCAUAAAUGGAGACCAGAGGGAUGACAAGGUUUCGCGAGCUUCGAUCACGUCAUUGGCAACUGCUGCUGGUUUUCAUUUCUCAGGAGAUUCAGUGCAGAAGAACUUCAUCGAGAACAGUUUUGAUUUUAACAACUUUAACUGGAGUGAGCUGCUCGAGAGCCAAACGAUAGGAGCACCAGAUUCUCUACAGACACCCGGGGCCACGAGCAGUCGACUCUCUUUUGGCAUGACACCGAAAUCAGUAAGACAACCCAAGAAUGGCGAGAUGCUCUUAUCCGUGCACGGGUCACCUCUUGGAAUGUACAAAGAGGAAAAUCUGGCAGCUAUUACCGAAUCUGGAAACGGGAGCGAAGAGCCGCUUCACGAUGCCAGCGGCCAUCAAUAG